AGGAAUUUUCGCUCAAGCUAUUUCGGGUCGCUGGACUUCUCUGGCGAAACAACCUGCAGCUUGUGACACCGCCCAUCUGCUCUGACGUUCGCAAUGCCAGAGCUCAAGGACUACGUCUACGGCUUUUGCAUGUGUGCGACCAGCUUGUACUCGGUCGAGAUGCUGUGGCAGGCAAAGGAGGCUCAGACCAAAUACUUAGUGAAGGGUUCCACUUCCAACGAGGCCUCCGUGGCUUUCACACAGUGGUUUGGAGCCGCCAUCGGGCAGAUUGUCAUGAUCUCGGCAGCGGGCUACCUCGCUGCGCACAAGGCUGGCGCUGACUCCGUGAAGAAUGCGAUGGGUGUGACGGUGGCGGCGAGCACCCUCUGGUCAUUCGCACGAUCCCAAAAGAGCGUCCAGGAUGGAGUGCAGAAGCCGGUCAUCACAGCACCGAUAUUUCACACCACGUCAUUCGUAGGCUUGCUAGCCUGCUUCCUCCCUGGCUUCAUGAAGGAUCUGAAGUGAUUUGAAGACGGGGCGCGAGCGACCUCGCUUCCGCCCCCCUGCCUCCUCAAUCGUUGUGUAUAUAGACUGUUGGAUGGAGCGGGCGGAAGCGCAGCGGCUCUCGUCGGGCCUGCUGUGCUGGGUGAGCGUGCUUGACCGCUCGGCCUUCACGCUUGGGGCCGCUCGGCCCUCGGACAACCCGCGCGGCUGCUGCCCGCUUCCGUGCGCUGCGGCCUCGCCUCGCCCCCGUGGAGUGCGUCGGCUGCCGCACCGCUCCAGCGACCCCUGGGAAGCGCUCUCCCUUUCGGACGACGGAAAAAGACACACCAAACUCGGG